AAAGCAUUGGCAACCAGUUUGCUUACCUAAUGAAGCAAAAUGACCGCCGAUUUAGAUCCAAAGCUUUUACACAAUGCAGAAUUAGAAGCGAAGAUUACAGAGGCUUUCGAUCUAUUUGACCAUGAGAGAAACAAAACAAUCGACUUUCGCGAGUUGGGGACUGUCAUUCGUGCGAUUGGUGGCGUUCCGACAGAGGCGGAAAUUCUGCGGCUAGUUCGCGAGUUGGAAAAUGAUCCACCCAAUGGGUAUAUAAAUUUUGAAAAAUUUCUCCCUGCUGUGAUGGAAGCGAUGGAACAAGAAAGAUACAAGGGCGCGUCGGAAGAAGAACUUUUGAAGGCCUUCGCGGUUCUUGAUCCGGAGAAAAAGGGGUUUAUCCCAGCCUCAACCUUGGAAAACUUACUCGCAAAUGAAGGAGAAGCUUUCACUGCUGAUGAACUUGAGGAGCUAAUUGCUGCCGCGACUGAUCCUUCUAAAGGAAAAAUAGCUUACCGUGAAUUCGUUGUUAUGCUGACUGCAUAUGACGAUGUAACAUAAGUUCUAGCAAUCACACAUAAAUAGUACUAAUCAGUUGAAUGCAAUUUUUCACGUUAUUCAUGGCAAUGCCUUCGGGGUGUCGCGAAAAUACGUUUGCAUCUUUAAUCCCCAUUUAUCAUUGUUGUUACACUAAGUCGAAAUGCGGUGGAUCCGGUCAUCCUCAUUUACAGUACCAUCAGAA